UCCAAAGACACUUAACGAAAAAUACGAAACUACUUAACUAGUUAAAGUACAGUAGUACUAACAGAGUACUAAGAAACAGUACUAACAGAGGAUCGGUAAAAAAGAACUAAAAUCUUGCAUAUCGUUAUUGAUAUUCUUAUCGCGGUAUAAAAUAAUCGUUAUAAGGAAAAGUAAAUACGUUUUCGCACGUACAACACACAACGCGCGUAAGAUAAUAUACGUAGUAUCUCUUCGAAUCCCGAUAAAAGUUCAACCGAGUCAUUGGAAGCCAUGGACGGUCAUAAAUCUAGAGUGUUCAGCGCGUGUUUCAACCCCAGAUCGGCGCAUGAGCUGAUAAGCGGUGGUUGGGACAAUACUAUUCAAUUUUGGGACACUAGGCAACCAUACGCACUGAGGAGAAUAUCGGGUGUGCAUAUGUGCGGCGAUGGACUCGAUAUCAGUAGGAAUGGAAGAGAGAUUUUGUCGUGCGCGUGGCAAAGAGAGAAUCCCAUACAAUUGUGGGACUACGGUAGCGGAAAGUUGCUUGCUUCCUUGGAACCCGACAGCUAUCCUUCCCUGCUCUACUGUGGCAAAUACGUGUCGAACAUGUUCAUCGCUUGCGGUGGCACGGAUACCAAUCUCUUCAGAGUGAUCGACUUGCGAUCUCACGCCACGUUGGCGAUGAUCAGAAAUUUAAGAGGUGGUACGUACAGCUUGGACAUUGGCCCGAUAAACCCAAAGCACGCGAAGAAAACGAGGACCAUCUCCGUCGUACCACAACUUGCGUUCUGCGCUGGCAAGCGGAUAUUCGAGAUAGACGCGCAACCAAGUUGAUCUCGUCGAUCUUUCUUCAGUCGCUCUUAUACCUUGUCCGUGAAAAUUAAACUCUGUCACGAAAGCCAA